AUGGCGCUCUAUACAAUAUGUCUGCGCCCAUUGAAACAAAAUGUAAAUUGAUUUUUUCUUUUAUAUUUUUCGCGUUUUUAGGAGUAUCAUUGAGCGAUGAAGACUUUGUAGCCUCCAAAUUACAGGCAGAGAAGACACAAAUUGCCAGUUGUCGGUAUUUGUUGCAGACCUUAUGGCACACAGAGAUCAGUCAUACACCAUUUUCCUCCGCUCCUCUUAUAGCUGAUGUGGAUGCUGACGGUGAUUUAGAUGUGGUUGCCUCUCCUUUCAGCGAAGUUUUCAAUAUCAUUAAAGGUGAAACUGGACAGACUCUAUCGAGUGGAAAAUAUCAAUGGCCUGUACAAAACUUGAAUGAUUCAGUACAUUCUACUCCUAUUCAGUAUGAUUAUGAUGGAGAUGGUUUAUUAGACUUGGUAUUUACAACAACUUCUGGACAGAUACUUAUAUAUGGUCAUGAUGCACGACAAUUAGCACAGUUCCAAAUACCACCAACUUUAGUAUUGAGAGGCUGGUAUAAUCAAGUCUUGUCUGUACCAUACUCUGACAUCCAGAAGUUUAUUCCUAAAGAAAUCUUCCCAGAACAGAUUGGUGAUUAUUUACCUGUAGAUGGUCAUGUUUUUAGCACACCUGUAUUAGCUGAUGUGGACAAUGAUGGUGAAAUAAGGGAACUUGUUUUAUCCGUUAGUUAUCUCUUUGAUGAAGAAGACUACAGGCUAGAAAAAGGACAAGAAAAAUUGGAAGUUUUACAACAUCCUGAAUUGAGUAAAUAUCUGGUUGCUGGGGUAAUGGUUGUUGAUCUGAAAAAGCUAGAAAUUAUCUGGAGUGUUGAACUAGAACUAACCCAGGUUUUUGCUGAGCUUCCAGCGUACAAUCUAUUUACUCCAACUGUCAUUGACCUUGAUGGAAAAGCUGGUGACCUUGAAAUAGUUGUCGGAACAUCUACAGGAGGGGUACAUGUUUUGACCUCAAAAGGUCAACAGAGAAAAGGGUUUCCUUAUAAUGGAAAUCCCCUUCAUGGCCAGAUAACUGUAGCAGAUAUAAAUAACGAUGGUAACUUGGAAAUGGUUACCAUAGAUACCAGUGGAAAUGUCAACGUCCUAACCUCAGAUGGAACCAGUUUGUGGGAAUCGGAAAUAUCUGGAACUUCUUCUCCUGGAAGUAGAAUCGCUGAUUUAAAUAAUGAUGGCAUUCCUGAUAUAAUUAUUCCUACUAAUAAUGGUGAUAUUUUUGUAUUAAAUGGUACAAAUGGGGAUGUUCUACCAGGAUGGCCAGUCAAGUUUAAUAGUAGAAUAACGGCUAAUGUUCUCUUGAUGAAAUUCACACCCAGAGGUCCACCUGAUAUUGUAUUUACAACAGAUGAUGGAAGUUUACAUAUUCUAGCCGGUGACCAACGUUGUAAGGUUCACAUUCCAAUUGGUGAAACCUCGUUGGUGGAAGUCUUGUCACAUGAUCUUGUGAUAAUGUCGGAAGGGGUGGAGUUAUUAAUUGCGACGAAGGAUGGCUCGUUGAUUUGUCUUGGAUCGGGAAUGGAGACGCCACCUGAAGCGUGGAUCGGAGAAAAGAUGGUGAAAAGAAAUCAGAUGAUUGCUUGGCCGUCUGCUACUAAAUCUAUUAAUGAUUUUAGUUUUUUUCCUAAAAAGCCAUUUGUUUAUAUCCCAUUCCAUAUACGUCACAUUAAAGAAGUCACAGGCAGUUCGUUUUGGUUUGAGUUUGAAAUAAUUGAUGAUUUGAUCACCGGAAGGAACUCAGAUCAAUAUUUUGUAAAGAUUUUAUAUGGUAGAAAUCUUCUGGCUUCCUACACCUAUAAUAAACCGGGCGUCUACAGAGAGUAUAUCAAAGUUUGGCCUAAACCAGGACAUGGUCAUGUGACAAUUUAUGUAACCAAUCGUUAUGGACAGGUUUUUAUGGAUACAUUUGGAAUACGUUUCAACCAGCUUAUUCUUCAAGAUCUUCAAUGGUUACUUCUAGCUCCAUUCAUUGCCAUGGUAACCAUAUUACUCAUCAAUCACGGUUUUCCAGCCAAAGAUCUACUUCCUGUUACGUUUCAGUCGAAGACAAAUUGAAACCUUGGUUAUGAAAGAUACAUCUUGUGAUACAUCUUUGUAUCAUGGUGUGAUUGGAUAUUUACGAGAGAAUUAGAACUUUUGUUUUGUAUUGUAUCUUGCCCGGAGUCGCGGUGGCUUAGUAAGUAAGAAGUUGGCUCGCUAAUCUGGAAGUUAUGUGUUAGAUCUCAAUGUUGACAGAGAGAGUUCAUUGGGCUUUUCUGGCGUGCCCCCUGCUUGUCAGUGGUGCAGGACGGAGGGCCUGGCAAGGGACAAAGUAUAGUCAUUUGGAAGGGACAAAAAACUGAGAUCCCAUUUACACAUUGACGUGCACGUGAAAGAACCCUUGGCAGUUAGAAUUCAUUAGCACAGUCGGUGCAGAACAGUAGGACGACAUUAAACCCCAAUUUCAUUUCAUUUCAUUUUAUGUUUAUGAGAGAAUGUCACCCGUUGUGAUAACUGACCUUUGUAUUGCAUCUUAAAAUUUUCUGGUAUAAUUCAUGACAUCAAAGAUAUAAUAGUAUCUAUGAUGUGUAGAAAUUGGGGGCUUGGAUGGCCAACGGGUUAGCACGCAUGUGCUGUAUCAUAAGGUCUGUUAUUGAGUCAAAUAGCGGGGUUUUGAUUCCCCAGUUGUAUGUGACAAGGAGUAGGGUCGCCUGUCCAACCUCGUGGGUUUUCUCCGGGUCCUCCGGUUUCCUCUCAUUGCUAAAGACCGUAAGCACAAGUGAAUUAUUGAAAUAAAAUUGAGCCAUGUGUUAGUCCAGAAAUGACCUAGUUUGUGUUGAGUGGACAGUUAAACUAUCUCUCUCUCUCUCUCUAACUCUCUCUCUCUCUUUCUCUCUCUCUCUCUGUAGUAAUCAUUGGUAUUAAUCAUAUAUUGAAGUAUAAUAAUUAAAAUUAGAUCGGUCUAGCAUUAUUUCCUUUGAUUUCCGGGCAUUAACUAUGCAGCUAUAUCGAGAGUGUUUUCAAAUUAGAUUAAAUGCAACAACUGAGACAGGAGUUCAGCCAUCCAUGUGCAAAAUUAUAACUGUUAUUGUUGUAGAUCUAGCAGUCAAUUCUGUAGAUCUAGCCGUCAACAUCAUAUAUCUGUUAUUGCUGUAGAUCUAGCAGUCAACAUCGUAGAUCUGUUAUUGCUGUAGAUCUAGCAGAUAGAACUGUUGUUGCUGUAGAUCUAGCAGUCAAUAUCUUAGAACUGAUGUUGCUGUAGAUCUAGCAGAUAGAACUGUUGUUGCUGUAGAUCUAGCAGUCAAAUCAUGUAUCUGUUAUUGCUGUAGAUCUAGCAGAUAGAACUUUUGUUGCUGUAGAUCUAGCAGAUGGACCUGUUAAUGCUGUAGAGCUACCAGAUAGAACUGUAGAACUAGCAGUCAACAUCAUGAAGCUGUUCAUUAUAUGAAUGAAUACCCAUUGUAAUUUUAUCAUCUGAUGUAAAUAUUUGUAUUUUGUUGGGAAUUUGGAAAUAUUUAUAACAAGUAGUGGGAGCUAUUGUAAAAUUAAUUACAUAUUAAAAGGUUUUUCAUGUAUCAUUUUCAUUUUUAUAAAUAAAUUU